UGUCAGUCUAGAAUCCUUGUCACCGACCAGACCGAAUCCACUCAUCCUCAUCGCCACUUUGCAUUCUAACGCAUCCCAGGUUCACCAGUUCUACGCUAGAGUAUUUGGCAGCGACUUCCACCCCGUUACGUCCGAGUACGACUAUGCCUUGAACGUUGACUGCGCCUCCAUCAUCCUACACAGGCCUGUAUCAUAUCUUACGGUCGUUCCCUCUUUCUUCUCACGCCUCACAUUCUUGUGCCACUCCUCCAUACAAUCCCCAUAUUCUCUGUGUCACUGCGUCGUUCCCUUGCCAAUAUUACCAUGGCUCAACCCACCCAGCAAGCAGUGUCACCACUACAAACCCAGAAUAUCUCGUCUGCGGCUUCACCACCUCUUUCUGCCCCCUCCUCUCCUGCGUCCCUCCACAAGAAGCGAUCACACUCUCCAUUAUCCCUAGAUCUAUCGAAUCUCCCACCCCUCUCACAACCUGCCCCGCCUUCAAACACCCUUCUGAUCACUCGACUUGACGAUGCCAAAAUCUUCCACCCCGCCUCCCUCGCGACGAUCCGCCAACACAUCAACUCCAUCGCAGAACUCAACUCAUUCUCCCCGUUGAAAUCUAUGCACCGCAUCAUCUGUUCAUUCCACGACAUAGAUGCUGCAAUUCAAGUCCGGCAAGUCAUUGACGGAACCGCAUUCCUCGGCCACUCAGUCGCCAAGUGUUACUUUGGUGAACCUACACCGAUUGGCGAUGAGAAGAAAUACCUUGACCGCCCCGACGCUGGCCGACUCUUCUUCAUCUCUCCACCACCGAGUCCACCUGUAGGUUGGGAAAUGAGAACAGAGGACCCACCUAACAAGCUGGUCCACGCCGACGACCUGGCCAGCAAACUAGCAAAACUCAGUGGCAAACUUACCACCACAUUCACCCCCGAUGAGUCUGGCGAUACAAGCGAAGAAGAACCCGCCACGGCCAAGUCUUUGCAACCAAAUCACUCACGAACACGAUCGGGUAUCUCCGUUGAAACCUCGCCGACGACUGACACAGCAUCGCCGAUGAAAUUGCGAAGUCGCAGCGCAACACUGAUAUAUGACCCCAAGGAUCACGGAGAUAGUCCGGCUCUUCCAGCAGUGAUGUUGGAGACCGAGGAUGACUCCGAUGUGGAAUUGGACCAACCAGAAAAAAAGAUCUUGGAGCAUACAUCGAGACCACCGGUGGAGUUGAUGUAAGAGGUGUUUAACUUUGGGAACAUCAUUAAGCAAUAUUUGCCGGGACCGGACUAAAGCACCUCUUGUUUGUCUGGAGUAGAACAGAGGGUUCAAGGCGUUGAAAUUUGCAGAGCACAGCCAGUUGGACUGCGUGAGCUCAAGGACGGCUAUGGGAGAUUAUAAGAGGGGUACGGCGCAUGCUGGGUCUUUGAACCAAGCCUCACUUUCUCUUGGGAUGUUCAAGAUGAGGCUGGAAAGAAAGAAAUUCAAGUCGGAUAGAUCACGUGGCCGACUAUUCCACCCUACAAAUCACCAAAACAAGACAGAAAGCAGAAAAUGACCUAAUAUCAUGCGAAGGGUGCGGGCGCAUCAACAUUAUUUUAACGGAUGGCAAGCCCAUGUCACUCAUGCCCAUCAAUCAACGCCGUGCCUAUGCUAAGAUCAGCUUCAUAUGGCUGCCAUGACACCUCGUGCUGUGGUCGUGUCGCUGCAACCAUUUUGAAACGCCUUUGGAAAUGAAAAUCCGAGACGCGUUGCAAUAGUAAUCACUCGUCCACCCCUUUCCAUUUUCU